UUUGAAGAGGAGAUAGCGCCUGUGUUUUGUGUGCUGUGCUGCGAUUGGUGCUGCCGCGAGCUCGGCAUAGAUCAUGGACGGUCUGGAAAACCGCAUGGUGAGCGAGGGACGGCUUUUCCCAGAUGGAGAGCAGCCAGUUGCUGGAGCCAGCGUGGUGGAUCCUCUCCGGAUCUGGAAUUCAGUGACCUAUGAUGAUGUGCAUGUUGACUUCACUUGGGAAGAGUGGACUUUGCUGGACCCUUGCCAGAAGAAUCUCUACCAAACUGUGAUGCUUGAGACCUACAUGAACCUCACUAGUAUAGGAUACAAAUGGGAAGACCAUAAUACAGAAGAACAUUGUCAAAGUUCUAGAAGACGUGAAAGGCAUGAAAAAAGACAAACUGGAGAGAAGCCUUCUGCAUAUACUCAUUGUGUUAAAGCCUUUGCAUAUGACAGUCAUCUUCAAGGGCAUGAAGGAACAUGUACUGGAGACAAACCCUAUGAAUGCAAUCAGUGUGGUAAAGCCUUUGCACAACAAAGAAAUCUUCAAGCCCAUAAAAGAAUACAUACUGGAGAGAAACCCUAUGCAUGUGAUCAGUGUGGUAAAGCCUUUUCUCAUCCUAGUACUCUUCAAAUGCAUAAAAGAAUAAUACAUACCAGAGAGAAACCCUAUGAAUGUAAUCAGUGUGGUAAAGUUUUUGCAUGUCAGAGUCAUCUUCAAGUGCAUAAAAGAAUACAUACUGGAGACAAACCCUAUGAAUGUAAUCAGUGUGGUAAAGCAUUUUCUCAUCACAGUUCUCUUCAAAAGCAUAAAAGAACACAUACUGGAGAGAAACCCUAUGAAUGUAAUCAGUGUGGUAAAGCUUUUGCAUGUCAGAGUCAUCUUCAAAGGCAUAAGAGAACACAUACUGGAGACAAACCCUAUGAAUGUAAUCAGUGUGGUAAAGCCUUUUCUCAUCACAGUACUCUUCGAAUGCAUAAAAGAACACAUACUGGAGAGAAACCCUAUGAAUGUGAUCAGUGUGGUAAAGCCUUUUCUCAUCACAGUACUCUUCGAAUGCAUAAAAGAACACAUACCGGAGAGAAACCCUAUGAAUGUGAUCAGUGUGGUAAAGCUUUUGCAUGUCAGAGUCAUCUUCAGGUGCAUAAAAGAACACACACUGGAGAGAAACCCUAUGUAUGUGAUCAAUGUGGUAAAGCCUUUUCUCAGCAUAGUACUCUUCAAAUGCAUAAAAGAACACAUACUGGAGACAAACCCUAUGUAUGUAAUCAGUGUGGUAAAGCUUUUGCAUGUGACAGUCAUCUUCAAAGGCAUAAGAGAACACAUACUGGAGACAAACCUUAUGAAUGUAAUCAGUGUAGUAAAGACUUUGCUCGUCAAUGUAAUCUUCAAGUGCAUAAAAGAACAUAUACUGGAGAGAAACCCGAUGAAUGUAAUAUUUUUUAUUUUAGCCUAUGCACUUAUCAGUAGUCUUUGAAAUGAUGAGAAAAAAAUCAUACUUCACUGAAACCCUAUAAAAAUAGUCAGUGUGGUAAAGUUUUGCCCUUUAUAUGGGAGUAAAACUUUUUUUGUGUUCAGUCAAUCUAUUCAAGCUUUUUCAUAUUAUAAUAGUCUUUGGGUACCUGAAAAAAUAUAGUAAGGGCUUUUUAUUAUAAAAGAUUUGGUAAGAUCUUUAGGUAACACACUUACAGUCAGUUGCAACAAUCUGUCCAAGCAUUAUGCUAUCUGUUUUUAUAUUGUUUGCACCAGCACUCUCAUGGGAAAAAAAAUCAAUUUAUGAACCAUAUAUGCAGGGUAAAUGGACCACCUGAAGAAACACACACUGAUCCUGCAAACAGCCAGUGAAUCACACAAACUUUGGCCCUGAAACUGGAGUAAAAGAAACAAACACUUUGCCCCUAAUCCAGAGCCAGUCAAAGAAGCAUCCUAGCCCUGAAACCAAAGCCAAAAUGUGAGAAUGGGCCAGUGAAUGGAACACCUUUUGUCCCUGAAUCCAGAACCAAAGAAACACACUCAAACCGAGUUCUGAUUAUGAAAUACAGCCAAUCUCUGGAAUUGUUUACUCCCAGGCAUUGAAAUCCAACCAAUUUCUACCCUGAAAAUUUUAUGCCUGGAAAAAUCUCCACCCCAAGGAGCCCUAUGUAAAGUGUGUGCUCGUUCAGUUGGAAGCUGCCCUGGUGCACCCUGGCAGAGGCAGCCAUUCCUGGAUUCCUCCCUCUCAAACAAGUCUCUCGAAUGAAUUUUGGGUGAAGAGCUUCUCACAUGUGAGCAGAACAGAAACUCCCUAGUGGAGCAGAGCAGAGAGGUGAGGACACCUCUUGGGAAACUGCCUGAGGGGAGUGGAGCAGAGCAGUGACAGACAUGUCUGCUUGGAAACUCUUACCAGAGUGGAGAGGAGCCCCGCUGUAAUGGCUCUCUCUCAGAGAGGAGCAGGAUUGCUAUUCCUUGCAGGAGACCAUCUCCCACGGGAAUGUAGCUUCAUGAAUAGCCUGACAUCUGACAGUCAAGAUUCCUUUUUCCUAACAGCUAUAGGUAUCCAAUUCCUUUCUAAUCUGUAGGUAUAGCCUGCCUUAUGACAGUCAGGGUACAGUUCCUUCCAGAACUGUAACACUUGCACUAUGAAUUUAAAGGAUAACAUAACCAUUUUAGAUUUUAUACUUCUCUUCAAUUUGCUUGAAAUAUUUAAUUCAGGUGUAAAACUUAUGGGUUUGUUUUAGUUUCUUAUCUGUUCCUGUGAUAUAAGGUCUAUGUCAACUUACAAGAAUUUAAUUUGGCUCUUGGUUCCAGAAAGAUGCAGGAGCACCAUGAAAGUGGCAUGGCAACUAGUGUCAGAAAUGGACGCUAUAUCAGCAGGCUAAAUACUCACAUCCUUUAACUGCAGCAUGAAGCAGAGAGUGGGAAAUGGCAUUUGGAUGUCAAUUCUCAAUGCCUAUCCUCAGGGACAUCCAGAAGGGCAUUAUUUCCAAAAUUUCCCAAAUGAUGCCAUCAACUUGGACUUCACUCCUUGGACAUCAUAUACCAAUUCAUGAUGAAGAAAAACUCUGUAAGUAAGCCGUUAGAUACCUUCACACCUGUGUUACAGGAAUGAUUGAAAAAAUAGUUUGUUUAGUGUGUUUUAAAUGUAAUUAUGUACUGUCAGUGCCUGAUUGAGUGGGUAUGUGAAUGUGCAUUAUGGUUCCUGACAACAUUAGAUCCUUGGCAGUAGGACCAGGAUGUAUCCCUGGUGCAUGAGCUAGCUUGUUGGGGACCAUUUCCUAUGAGGGGUUGCCAUGAUCAGCCUUAAUGCAGGGGAAAUGGCAAUGUUUUAGUGUGUGGUGGGAAGAAACGUUGGAAGGCUGGUUUGUGGAAAUUCUCAACUUUGCAUUCCACAUUCUGUUUUGUGUGACAAGGUUUACAAAUAGUUUAGAACUGACAUAAAGGAGGUAAUGAGGGCUCAUCCUUCAGAAGUACUUGAUUAGAAUGCUUAUUAGUUUCCUCUGCCACUAGCCACAAUAGUAUGAUUCAGGGAAAUCCAACACCAGGGAACAACAGGAAUAUCUGAGCUACAGAGGUUCUUUGGGUGUACAUGCUGUUGUGCAGGUUAAUAGGGUAGAUUGCACCUAUUGUGCCAUAAUCCAUGUGGCAAGAUGCAGGAUUCUUCAAUGUUUUUGGUGUGGGCAUGAGUCAGACUGGGUUUGCUAGAAAGACAAGGGGAAUGAAGGAAUGCAUAACCAUAUUAAGUCUCUCUGAUCACCUCCAUUUCCAGAGAGAGCUCUAGAGCAUGGCACCUCUGUAUUUGGGAGAGAGAUCACUAGUAGCUGGAGGGUCAGAAAUAGAGAAAUUUAGGGUUCACUUUGAGUUAUUUUUGUGGGAUUUCUGAAGUCUGUGUUUAUUUAAUUUCUAUAUAGGCUCUAUCAUAGGUUCCAUUUGUUAAGUUCACAUUUUUCCUGGUUGAGUUUUCUUAGGUCUUCUGAUUUAAGUUUGACUAUAUUUUUCUGCUUUCAUUCUUGGCUUUUUCUUCUAUCCCCUUAUUUGUUCACAAAUACUGUACAUAUUCUUUGUUGUUGUAGAUUUAUGUGAAGGACAAAAUUAUGUCAAUGUGUGUAUCAUUUUUUAUUAAUCCUAUUCUGAGUUUUUUCAUGUGUCACAUAGGUUUGUAAUCAGAUUUACUUUUGUAAUUGGUUGGGAAUUUUCUAUGGAUAGUGUUGAAUUUAUGCUGUAAGUUGAACAUACCCAACAUCUUCAUGAUGUUGAAAAUACAUCAUUUUAAUACUGUUGUUUGCAAAAGUAUAAAGGGCUAAAAGUAAUCUUUGUUUAGCAAACUACAAAAAAUGUGUAAAAGUGAAACCAUUUGAAACUGUGUACAAAGACAGAAAGAAGACUGUAAUACAGUUUAGUGGCACAGAAUACAUCAUUAUGUUCACAUAAAAAGAUAGCCUAGUAAGUAUUAUUUAAUUGAGAAAACAAAAGAGUGAAAGUAAAACUAGCUCCAGAACUUAACAGUGAAUCUGAAUGUGACAUGUUACUGUAAAGUGCCAUGCAAAAUAAUCUCUGAUAAUAGUAGGUUGGGAUUUUCAACAGGUAUGAAACAAAAUUAGUUGAAAGCAUGAUGCAUUCUAAUCAUUGAUAUAAAAUUGCCCAUAUUUACUGUAUGUAUUCAGAGACAUUUGGACAUAUUGCCUACACCCAAGCAAUCAUAUUACUAUAAGCAAAAGAAUAAACAAUGUUCUCCAGACAUUCUUCUUCUAUCAUUGUGUUCAUGUGUCUCUAUAGUAUACAGAGUUCUCAUAAAAUGGCACAAUUGCAAUGGAACCCAUAUAUACUAUAUUUUCCAUACAAUAAAAAUUAUUUUUGGUGUUCUGGAACUUAU